AUGAAUGCUGACCAGCCCACUGAGCCAACAGGAAGGCUGACGGUGUUUCAGUCGGAUGAAAUUCAGAUUAUUCAGAUUAGACUUUUGAGAGUGAGGCUAGGCUUGGUGGAGUUUGGAUCGUGUGAGCGAUUAGACCAGCGCUCCUGCGAAGCUCUGGAAGUCGUCCUGCAGUCGCUGCACUUUGAUUUCAUCAAUCUGCAGGCAGCUCAACUGGAAGAAAAUGGAGCGUCAUCCUUGCUGGAAAUGAUUCUGUACUAUGAAUCUGCCACCUAUCUUGACAUUUCUGACAACAGCAGCCUGGGAACAUCGGCUUGGAAGGCCCUGGCUCAUUUGAUAAAGCAGAGUGUGCGUCUGUACAGGUUGGAUGUGUGUAACGUGCCUCUGGUUGACUAUCCUGCUCAGUGUUUGUCGAAGGCUCUGCAGAGCAGCCGCCUCACCGUGCUGCACCUCCACAACGCCCAGCUGAGCGGCAGGCCACUGUUCAGUCUGGUUGGCGCCCUGAAGACAAACAGAACCUUACAGGAGCUUCAUUUAAGCAACAAUCAUCUGAACAGCUUCCAGGAUGCUCUUCAGCUGAGGGACCUGCUGCGGUUCAGCGCCACAUUGCAGACUCUGCAGUUGAGCAGCAACGCUUUAGCAGAUGCUGGACUGGAGGAGCUGUGUGACGGUCUGUCAAACCAGGCCUCAGGUCUGAAGGUCCUACUACUGCGUAACAACCAGAUCACAGAGCGAGGGAUGGACCACCUGGCCAAGACCCUGCCACGUCUCAAGGUGCUGCAGCUCCUGGAUCUAGGGGAAAACCUCCUGGGAGACAAGGGGAUCCAGGUGAUCAGGGAGCCUCUGAUGGCGAACAGCUCAGUGCUGCAGCUCGGCCUUGUACAGACCAACAUCACCUGUGAAGGUGUUGUGGCAUUGGCUGAGGUCCUCGCAGAGAGUCAUCACAUCCAGAGAUUGGACCUCCGUCAGAACCAGGUGAAGUUGGGUGGCCUGAUGGCCCUCAGUCUGGCCCUGAGGAUCAACAACUCCCUGGUUCACCUAGACGUGGAGCCAAUUCCUCCUCAGGAGCAGGUAGGAGGUGCUGGAGACUCGGUGGUUCCACAGAUUUCUAUCUCAGGUUACACAAAUUUGAUUGUAUGUGGGAGUGCAUGGUUGUCUUUCAUGUUUCAUCACGGAGUUACUCCUGGCUGGCUCGCCAAAAUGUAG